CGAGCAACGAACAGCGGCUGCGGAUAGAAACUGAAACUUGAAGCAUGUGCCCCUGGUGCCGAUAAUUAGAGCUGACUUUUGUCGGGGUAGUUCGUGAAUCAGAAACAGAUCAACUCUCUUUCAGAUCGGGCGUUGUUCUUUGUAUUUUACUAAUUUUUGAAAAAGAAGUAUUUGGGCGUCAAAACAAAAACAACGCGCAUGUAAACAAUAAACAAUAAGAAAUUGUUUCCAAUCGAAUUUCGCCUUUGUGCAAGUCUUUCUUUUUUUCGUGUGAACUGUUCCUAAACAAGCAGCCAAACUGUGGGGUGCCGGCGCUUUUUUUCUUCCUCCCCAGGGAAUGUAUUAUCCGCACAUGGUCCAGACGGGCAUGACGGCGCCCUACGGGGCGGCCGCGCCCGCUACUGGCUUUCCCACACAAAACGGGGAAGUCAAAGCGGGUGAAGAAAAGGCCACCGUACCGUUACUGCCGCCUCCGACCGGGGCACCCGCUCCCGGAGCGGGACCACCUUUCAGUCCGCCGUCCCCUCAGGGUGCCACGGCGCCGGAACCGUCUGGCGGAUUGGUGGGUAGUCCGGUAGCUGCGGCUGCUGCGGCCGCGGCCGUCAUCGCACAACAACAGCAGCAACAGCAGAACCACGCACAGCAAUCGUUCAAAUGUGAAACAUUGACACAGGAGACUGAAAUUCAACAGAACGGCACAGGGCAACCGCCUACCUCAGAGGCAUCAGACAGUACAAAGGCAGCUCAGAACGCGCAGGCAGCAAUUGAUUUGGCGAACCAACCGAAAAGGUUACACGUCUCGAACAUUCCAUUUAGGUUUAGAGACCCCGACCUAAGGGCCAUGUUUGGUCAAUUUGGACCAAUACUAGAUGUAGAGAUUAUUUUUAACGAAAGAGGAUCGAAGGGGUUCGGUUUUGUAACAUUCGCAAAUAGUGCUGAUGCGGAGCGCGCACGAGACCGACUACACGGCACCGUGGUUGAGGGAAGAAAAAUAGAGGUAAAUAAUGCGACAGCUAGAGUACAAACCAAAAAACCACCAACACUUCCGUCUGUUCCUGUGAUCCAGUGGUCAACCGACGCAGCUACCCUCAGAGCCGGCGUGGCGGCAAUACAAAGGGGCAGAGCGAGGGCGGCUUACCCGGCGGCGGCUGCAGCGGCAGCCGCCGCCUUCGCCAGGCAUCCCACACCUCUAGCAGGUGCUUUAGGGUACACGCCGGUACUAAACACCCUUCCGGUAGAGGGAGGAGUUUAUUACGAUCCAUUUUUGGCGGCGCACGCUGCCGAUCCAAAUUACACAUCACGACUUCAGGCGGCGGCCGCGGCCGCAGCAGCAUCAGCGCCUUUAUUAAAAACGCCCCUGUCGACUGCUCCGCAGGCCAGCUACGCAGCAGCGGCGACGUACACGGCGGUAGCGGCGCGCUACAACGCAGCGGCAGCCGCAGCGGCUCAACCGGUCGCCGGAUACGCGGCAGUCGGAUACGGCAGAGACUACGCGGAUCCGUACUUGGGACACGGGAUUGGACCGAUGGCCGGAUACGGGGCAGCUGUUUAUCGUAGCGGUUACAAUCGAUUUGCACCCUACUGAACAUAUCAGCAGCUCCGGUAGGCCUAUAUUUUUACCCGACCGAACAAAUCAUCAAAAAAUACUCAAAUUUACUGUUCUUUUAUUUUGUGUAUUACUACGUAAAGCACAAAAGAGCACAAAAAUAAGAUUAAUAAUUUUUAAAAAUGAAAGCAAAACAGGAGCCAAAGAGCUGUUAACUCACACUAACGUAAGCCCUUGUGAUAGCCCAUCUAACCCAGCUCUCUAACUUAGAUUGUAAGUUUUUUUUUAUCUCUAUUAUUUAAUGGCUGUUUCCAUUCACUUAUAGGUACAUCACAAGUUGAGGUUACUUUUGUUUUUGACUAAUGUUUUAAUUUAUUAAGUAACCUCGAUUUUAUAGUUAUAAGCAAUAAUAUCAUCAAGCCAGUUAUUUAUUGAUUUUCGUUUUUAUUUAUUUUAACUUACAACCCGAAAACUUUUUGUUUUAUUUUUGUGUUUUCUUUUUGUUGUAAAUAUUAUUUUUCACAAUAAUUAGGGCCUUCAGUUUAAUUUUCUUGUGAAGUCUAAUGAACAGUAGAACAAUAAUCGUAGAUACAAAAUACAAAAUAAUUUGAAAAUCAUGUUUUAAGUUCAACCAAGGAAAAAACUUCUCACUGCUAAUUAAUAGUUGAUUACUCUGAAGGCUCUUAAGUUUAUCGUUUAGUUAUCUAAGAUCAAAAUAUUGACUGCUAGGAAAUAUUGUUAAUAAGUUUUAGUUCUAGUUUUUUUUUUUAAGCACACUUAUAUAAAAUAUAAUUAUUAUUAUUCUCAAUGCAUAAUUGCAAAAAUAAUGUAUAAGUGCAAUGGAAACAUUUCCUUGGAAAUAAGUUUUUGCGUUCAGCUAAAAAUAUUUUGAUACUCUCUUUAUUUAUUAUUAUUAUUCUUAGGCUGCUCCAUUUUAUGCCUAUGUAUAACAUAUCGAGGAUAUUAUAUCUCUCUCUCACUUAUUCUCUAUUUCUAGUUUGUGUACAGUUAGAGGUCACAUUUUUAUUAUCUCGUAAUUACUACUCUCUAGGAUGUAUUUUCAUAAAUAAUUAUUAAGCUCUCUAAUUAUUUUGUGAUCCUAGACUUUGUUAGUUAAGAUAAAAUACUCAAAUGACGUGCCACGAAUCUCACAUAUUUUGUGUUUUUUUUUUUUUAAAUAUUUAUAAUAGACAGUGUGAAAAUACACCCUACUUGAAAUUUGGAAACCAAGUUUUCUAGUCGCUGUAAAUAUUCAAUACACACGUACAAUAAUCAUCCAUUGACCAAAUUUUUUGGUUUUUAAUUGGACCACGGCAAAAAUUUUCAGUUUAUUCAACUAAAAUAAUUCCAGUUUUAUUUUGUACCUACUCAUAUGAAGUUUAUUUCAUCCAAAAUAAAGCUAGAAUUUUCUUGAGAAAAGUAACCCGAGCACAAAAUAUUGUAAUAUUCAUCAUAAUUAUAAUUAUUAAUAAGUAAUUAUUAUUAGACAUUCUGUUGUUUAUUUUGUUUUUGACAUUCAUGUGUGAUGAAAGCGAAUUAUGAUUGUGUAUGUGAGAAAUAAUAAAGUUAAUUAAGCAAAUAAUAAAUUCUUGUUUUUAUAUUUUCAGUUUAAAGGAACAAAAAGGGAACCUAUAUUUGGAAUUAGUGAGGAUUGAAGAAUUUAUAGCGACAGGUGCCUAAAAAUAACAACAAGGACCAAAUGUCACUUUUUCUGCAUGCUGUAAAAAAAAAACGAGCGCUAUUUUGCACCAUUAUAUAGUUUUAUAAUAGGAAAACUGAUAAGUAAGUUAGAGGAUGGGGAUAAUCCCGACUGGGACCAAGCUCUUGCAAAUAUAGGCUCUGCAUAAUGAUAAUGCCGUGCAGUAUUGCACUUUACAGAUUUACCCCUCACAAAUACAUCCUAAAGUACAUAAAAUCGUGAAACCCGAAAAAACACGACAGUACAGGACUAAAAAAUGAAGUUAGGGCAAUGUCAGCCUGCCACGCCAUCUUGAAUGUCAC